AUGUCUGUAGAUUCGGUUGGUCGGUCUCUGGCAGACUUAGGUGAGCCUAUUCAACGACUUUUGCAGCAAAUACAACGGAAUUUAACCGACGAGGAGCUUGAUAUGUUUGCUAAGAUAAAAGUACGACAGCUUGCCAAGGUGUAUGAUAUGUUGGUUUUGGAGGAAGAUCCUGAGAGAAUUUUGGUAUGGCUGAAGAAAGAGCAUUUAAAGGCGAAAGGCAUUGAUCCCGAGGAGGUAAAAGAAAAAACUCGAAGGAAAGUUUUGACGGAGGGGGGCAGAGACCCCAUAGCUUACUUCAAAGAAAUUGAAAAAAAAAACAUUGAGUUAAUCUCCAAUUUGAAGAAGUCACAAGAAGAGCGCGAGAAAAAGCGGGCGGCGAAUACUGCUGAGCGGCAACGUCGCCGUGAAGAAUUUAGGUUGCGUGCCUUAAAAAGGAAGCAAGAGGAAAGGGAUGAAGACGAUUUAGAGGUCAUGAAGCCAGAAGAUUUGGCCGAUAUUGAGGGAGUUUUUGAUCGAUUUACUUCAAAGCAAUCGACCUUUGACAAUUCGAACGGUGUUCAAGACGAAGAAUGGUGGAAGCGUGAUGAAUAUCGUUGGGACUAUGAAAAACAUGGCCUCAAGGGCGGGAGGUGGACUAGUGUUGUUGAAGGUGGAUCUAUAAGGGCACCAGAAUUUGAGAUUCAAAUGCGUGAAGAGUGGUAUCGUAUACAGUGCUGGUGGAAAACGGAUACUCAGCGUCGCAAUUGGUUGGCAUUUCGUGAUGAUGAAUGGUGGAAAGAAGAGCUUUAUAUCACGGAUUGGUUGGAAAAUGGCGAAAAUGGACUUAUGUGGAACGCUGCUGAUGAAUUGUCUGGGUAUAAUCGCCGUGGAAAUCGCCGCCAAGCGGUUAAAAUUGAGUUGGAUCGUCGGGUUCAGUGGUACAAAGCAAAUGGACCCAAGGGUGUCGUAAAGACGUGGUGCGCCCUGGUGGAGGGUAGCAAAGAGCACUGCACAGUGGAGGAGAAAUUCGAACGUGAUGAUUACUACAAGAAUGGUGAUUGGUGGAAAUCAGAAAUCCAUGUUAAUUCCCUUCUUAACAAUCCUGAUGAGUGUUGUGCACUACGGUUUGCAGCUGCUGCAGCUAUGGAUCAGGAGUGGUGGAAACAGUCGUUUUUCCGAGCGGAUUUUGAAAAAGGUGGGGUGCUUUGGAAAACGUUAAAUGAGGAAUUGGCUGUACGUGGUAUUGAAGAUUUUGCCGCGGAAGAAGAAGUCGAGAGGAGGAGAAAUUGGUUUAAGAACUAUUGGUGGAAAGGGGAGAAAUAUAUUCAAGACUAUGAGAAAAAUAGGUCUGCGGGCAAGCUUUGGAAAGCGAUUGAUGCCGGGUCAACAGCCAUUGCCGAUGCUGUCCUUCUUCGUUCUCGAGAGGAAUGGUAUCUUGCUUGCCGUGAAACAGAAUGGUGGAAAGGAGAGAAAUAUAUUCAGGACUGGGCAGAUUAUGGAGAGAAGGGCUUUCUGUGGACAGCAGCCUGGCGUAAUGCAGCUUUGCGAGGGGAUGGGAAAAAUAAGGCCUCCUCAUUGGCGUUAAAGAAACGCGAAGAAUAUUAUGAAAAAAAUUUCUGGAAGCAAAACAAGUACGUCAGAGAUUAUAUUGCUUUUGGAGAAAAGGGCGUACUUUGGAAAUCGAAUCAGGUAUCCGCAGCGAAGGAUAGUGAUUGGUGGAAGAGCACCUCUUUUUUUUGUCAAUGGCUCUUGGCAAAUCAUGCAUUUCCUGGGGAAUUCUGGAAGGAUCCUGACGUUAUAUCAGAUUAUUGGAAGAACAAAGACACCGGGAAAAAAUGGACUGCAUCCAACAUUCUUGCAGCGACCCUGGAAAAGGGUAAUGUUGAUAAGGCCUCUUCUGAUGAAUUGGUAAUACGAGAAAGAUUCUAUGAAAAGUAUUGGUGGCGACAGCGAGAAUAUUGGAACGACUUUUGCGCCAGGGGUACAAAGUGGUCUGCGCUAACACCUGAGGGAAAUGGUAAAUGUUCUGCGGUAGAACUAAAAGAAAGAGAGAACUACUUCCAACCAAUAUCUCUAUCCCGAGUUGUUCUUGGUUACCAGCGUUUGAUUGAGUCGGAUGCGAUUGCCCCUGUGGCGGGUCUUUGUGUUUCUUUUGAAGAAUUGUGUUUGCGGGAUAAGUACUACCAAAGGAGUUGGUGGAAGUCGCAGGCAGGCUUAACGGAUUAUGUUUUCCAUGGAGGCGAUAGUCUUUACAUAAGAGCGGCUUCUUACGAUGACGCUCGCGCCCUAGAAGGAAUUAACUUUUCUUCUCCAAUUGAAAGAGCUACCAGAAUGCUAUUUUUUGACAAUGGGUUUCUUGAAUACAGUGCUGACUAUGAAUACACUGGUGAAUUUGUUGCUUCAGCUGAUUGGUGGCAAGAACCUGCCAUUAUUUCAGAUUUUCUUGAAAAAGGUGAAAAAGGAACGAAGUGGAAAGCUUGUAACUCGGCAAGUGGCAAAUGUGGUUUUGCGGAGAAAGAUGUUUCUUCAAAAGAAGAGCAAAAGUAUCGGAAGGAUUUUUAUGUAGCCAACUUUUGGAGGAGUUUGGAAUGUCUUCAGGACUUCCGCAAAAACGGCAUCAAGGGGAAAUUAUGGACUUCGAGCCAACCUCUAGGUAAAGGAGAACGUGUAGAUGAAAAGCAUCUGCUUUUUCGGGCACAAGUUCUCAGUGGAUACCCCGAGGAUUCAUGGAUUGAGGAGAUGGAAACCAAUUGGUGGAAAGCUUCCGAAGUGCGGGCGGAUUUCUAUGCGAAUGGAGAAUCUGGAUGUAUGGUUAGUGCAGUCAAUGCAUAUGCUGCCGUGGAAAGACUUGGAACAAAAAUUGAAUACAAGGCAGAUGAAGACGAAAUAAAGAAACGUGUAGAGUUUUAUCGUACUCAUCCUCUCUCUCUGGAAGAUGGGGAGAAAUGCCACUAUAUUUAUUUAAUUGAACCUUUCUGGAUCACGCCUGAGAGCGUAGAAGAUUACUGGAUGAAUGGUUCGAGGGGAAAAAGGUGGAGCGCCUCCAAUGCAGCGGCGUUUAGUUGCUCUCUAGGUGACAAGUUUGCGGCCACACCAGCGGAGUUGAAAAGACGAGAAGAAGUUCUUCAGAGAAACUUUUGGAGGAUUUCAGCAUACAAAGAGGAUUUUCUUACUCAUGGAAAGGAAGGUAAGUUGUGGAACAAGAGUGAAUAUGGUGGCAUGGGGGAUGUUAUCAGUCACAAGGAACAGAUUAUGCGCAUCUCUUACUAUCUUCGUUUGUCGGAAAAAUACUGGGCUGAUUGUCGUUAUGCAUAUGAUAAUUGGUGGAAGGCACCUGAGGUUCGCAACGAUUACUAUAUAAACGGAUCUAGAGGUAGUCUGGUUGGAGCAGCCACUGCUGCGGUGGCAUCCAUGGGACUUUACAGGAAUGAACAGUAUGGUGUCUCCGAAGAAGAAAAAGAAAAAAGAAUGAGCUACUUCAAGACACAUCCGUAUCGCGAUAGUCGAGUGCCACAAGCCCUUUUGAGCCGAGAAUUAAAGAAGAUUGCCGCCAUGGGAGAGUUGUUUUGGGUUCACCACUAUUGCCUGGAGGACUUUCUCUUGCAUGGAGCCCAAGGGACCAUUUGGUCGGCAGGGGAUGCCGCCGCUGCAAGUACUGGAUCUGCCUGGCGAUUCCGUACAAGACCCGAUGAGAUUCGAAUUCGGGAAGCGUUUUUUAGUAGGUAUUGGUGGAAAGCAUCCAAAUAUCGAUUGGAUUUUAUUCAAAAUGGAUUUGAGGGUGCUCUGUGGACAAAAAAAGAUUUUAAUGGCGCUGGCGAAAAGGCUUCUGAGGAUGAAAUUCUGGAACGCAUGUGCUACUACGCUUGUGCUGGCCUUGAGUGUGAAAAACGUUUUGAAGAGUUUGCAUUGUGUUGGUGGAAGUCUCCUAAUUCCAUUGCUUAUUACAUGAUUGAUGCUGACAACAGCAUGUACAUCAAAGCUCGCUCUCCUCAAGCGGCGUUGUUUCAGCCCCAAAUUGUUGAGGACAUGACUGCCUCUUCGUCCUUGGUGGAGAAUCGUCAGCGUUACAUGGUUGUGGUAACACCAACAGAUACCUCCGACGAAAUCACGGAUUCUCAAAUUAUGGCAGGCGUGAAAUCCGGAAAUAAUAUGUGGUGGAAAAACGAAGCAUAUCAACGUGAGUAUGACACUCAAAGACCAUUGGAACACUGGAAAGAUCCAGAAUGCAUAUCUGAUUAUCUAAAAAAUGGUCAUAAGGGUAAUAGGUGGAAGAUUGCGGGCUCUUUUUUCCCUAAAAACAUGAAUGAACUUUGUGGUAACGAAGAAAUGAAGGAGCGUGAGUCAUAUUAUAGGGUGAAUUUUUGGAAAUCUACUGAAUCACGCAAUGAUUAUGAAUUGAAUGGUCUUAAAGGAACGUUGUGGACAUCUUCUGAACCCAAUGGUAAAGGAAAACCCGUUUCUGAAACCGAGCUUAGUGUUCGCAUGGCCUAUUAUAAACCAGCAUCUCUUUGGAAAUUGGAAUUUGAUCCCGGAACAGACGCGAAGAGUACAUGGUGUGGAUUCCACGAUGAUAUAUUAAGAUGUUUUUGGUACGAAAGGAAUUGGUGGAAGUGCAUACUCAGAGAUGAUUACUUUGCCCGGGGUCAGCUGAGCCCCCUUUUGCGCGUUUCGAGUUUGGGAGCACUUCUGCAUGGUUCGGUGACUUCAUCUGAGUGGCACGUCAGUGAAGAGGAAGCACAGAGACGGAUGUCUUACUUUGAUGGCCUGGGAGAGAAUGAAUGGUGGCAAAACCCCGUUGUGCUGUCGGAUUUUCAUAAGUGCGAACAAGGUUCACUGUGGAAUGCACGUAAUUUCAAAGAGGCACUGCUCAGCAUAGGAUUGGAGUCUCCAGCAGACCUCACGGAAUUGGAACGCAGAAAACGUUGGUACCGGGCCAACGGAUGGAAAUCUGCCGAGAUGAUUCAAGACUACACCACGGGUGGAAACAAGUGGAACUCUGCAGGAUCUUUUGACCCUGUGUUAUGUGAAGAGUGGAUGGAGGUGCAUAAGCUUGUGCCCGCCGAGGAACAAUCCAGAAGAAAGCGGUGGUUGGAUCAUCAGUUAAGUGAUGAGCAGUUGCAAGUUCGUCGUGCAUGGCUCUUGCAGCGAUCUCAGGAUGCUCGUCGCAUACACUUCUCAGAAUUGGGUGAUCUUCUUGCACAGCUAAAUGAUGGUGUGCACCCCAGCGAUGAUGAGAUUCAGGCGAUUGAGGAUGCCAUCCGCGCUGAUCAAAAAUAUCAUUCCAUAUUUGAGGGUAUAACUCGACAAGAUGUUAUGAAAGCGAUGAAGGCGACAAGGUUCUACAUUGGGGCAACGAAGGAAGAAAGGAUGAGGUCCGAGCAGGAGGCGCUUGAGGCCCUUCAAAAGGAAGAAAUGGAUCGUUUGGAAGAAGAGGCUGCCCAUUUGGCUCAGGAGGCGUUUGAAGAACUUGAAGCUGCCGGUGAAGAGUAUGUGCCCUUUGACGAAGCAGCUGAUGCAGAGGAAGAAGAAUACCUGAAGGCUUUGGAAGAGGAAGAAAAUGCCAAAAUGAAUCCCAAUGAAGAUGAUCUUGAGAUGGCAUGGGAAUUGCACAAGGAGGAGGAAGAAGAAGAGAUCACAGAGAAUUCUGAAGAUGGCCAUCGAGAGGCAAUGAAGAAACGUCAGCGCACGUUGGAGGAGGCUUUUGCCAAGGAAGAGUACGGCGGCGAAAUGGGUGACGAAGACACAGAUGCCGUUAAGGGAGAGUUGGUUGACGAUGUUAAAGCUGCCCUGGAGGACCUUGUCAAGGAUGACGGAUGGAAAGAAGAUGAGACUUCAAGGUGGAAUGCGAAGCAGGAGGAGGUGGAGGACUCUAUGGCCGCAGCUAACGAAUUUGUUCUUCCACUUCGGGAAGUGGCAAACCCACAAUAUCUCAAAGGUUACUUUACGCUCAUGAAAUACACGCCAAGCGUCAAUUUGAUCAACACCAGUCAAAAGCGCAUUUGGGUGGUGGAUCACUUCACUCAGUGCUUCUAUAAUCUGGCGAAAAAUAAUCGCAUUCGAAAGGAGCACGCCGCGAAGAAGUUGAUUCAACUGGAGAAAAAUGUUCUUGACAACACACGAUUGAGAAUGAUGUUUUUUGAUGCCUCGCAUUCGUACGAUGUGCAGUUUGUUAAUGCCAACGAGCGUGAGCGCUUCUAUGAGACGGCAAGUGCUAUUCGGUCUGUCAUUCGUGUCUUUGCCCCAGAUCUUGUUGGUGAAAAUGAUGUGAAGUCACGUGUCAUCAUUGAUGGGACUGGUGCAAAUGCGCUAUCUGUUAUAUGUCCAGAUGCUUCCUCUAAACCAGUGAAACGACAGUUGGUGGGUGAAUGUCGCAUCAAUGCCACAAGGCACCUAACAGAGCCAAUAUCUGUUUGGUGUGGCACGUUUAACAUUGGUGGCCAUCGGCCUCCUAAACGCAAAGAAGACCUUCAACGAUGGAUGCCAAGAGGGAAAUAUGAAAUUUACGCUAUCGCCUUACAAGAAGCCUCUUUUCGUACCCAUGACAAUGAAUGGACGGAUUACGUUCAAGACUAUCUCGGUGACGAUUAUCUUCCGAUUGCCAGCAUGUUCAUUUGGGAUAUUAUUUUGCUUGUUAUGGCAAGUAAAAGGAGUCUUUUAAAGAUCACUAAUAUCGAAGGUUCCACACGAGGGACUGUACAUAAAUCAGCGUGUGGAAAUAAAGGUGGUAUAAUCAUCUCAAUGCAGUAUUUGGAAACCUCCUUGUGUUUUUGCACCUGUCACUUAACGGCACGCAAUGAGCACUUUGCCAUGCGUAACUCCAUGCUGGAGGAAAUUAUAGGAAACAUUCGUUUGGGAAUUCUUGAUGCAGACGUCACUGCUCAGUUUGAUCAUGUAUUUUUCUUUGGGGACUUUAAUUAUCGUUGUGAUGUUGAUGUUUCCAAAGCAGAGACGUUUAUCAAGUCGAAAAAUUACGAAGAAUUAUUGGCACAUGAUCAACUGAUUAAGCAACAGAAUAGCGCAGGUAUCCUGCAUGGUUUCUUGGAGCCGGUCAUCAAAUUUGCCCCAACCUACCGUCUUAAUGUUACUUCUUCGGAGUACGUGCUAAAGAGCUCUCCCAGCUACUGUGAUCGUGUUCUUUACAAGAGUAUGCUUGAUUCAUGGAUAAAAUGCACUGGUUACUCGUCUGACCCUGAACUGAUGUUAUCAGAACACAGGCCGGUGUCAGCCACUUUUAUCGUGCGUUGCGUUCGUCCGGUUCUUUCGUGUUUUAUGAAGUCUCAGAGGCCUGUCCCGGAGUUUGUGUUUGACGAUAUUACUGUAAAAGACUAUACUGGUGGAGCUAUAAGGAAACCAACACUGUGUAUCUGUGCACGUUUUGCGCCCAAUACGGAGCCUAUUUUGUCUCGUGAGACAAACACAGCGACCCCAAUUUGGAAGAAGGAGACAAUUCCUGUUCUCACUUCCGUCACGCAGGUGCAGGAGUACCUCGAGACGCGUCAUAUUCUCCUCGUUAUACUUGAGGGUUCAGAAAGGCGGGAAGUGAAGCAGGGACGAGGAACGGGUGUUAUAACACUGAAGGGACGUGUGAUUGGGAAGGAAGACACACACACAGACUUUGAAACGGAUAUUGUAUUUCGUGGCAAAUCCGUCGGGAAGAUAAGCGGCUCAUUUAUGUGGCGUGCCUUGAAACAUGCAAAGGAGGAGUGA